GGCAAAUUGACCUUCGCCCAAUAAAUACCCAAGAGAAAGGCAGAGAGAGCAGUGAGCAGCACACAAAGCACUCUGAGCAUGGGAGCUCUGGGCGUCUGUGCGGGGUCUCUGGUCCUGAUGAUCCUGGGACGAUUGGCAUCCUGCACACCGACUGAGAUGUUCUGCAAGGGGAAAGAGAUCGGAAUCCAUGCAGAUCCCAACGACCCUGCAAGUUUCUACCAGUGCCUGGGGAAUGCCACCAUCUACAGCACCUGCCAGAGUAACCUCAUCUUCGACAUAGAGAGCCGCUGGUGUAUCAGAUUACCCACUUCAUUACCACCACAGGUCAGAGCGGAAACCCAGACAGCUCCAGUAGCCACCUCGCAAGCUCCAGUAGCCACCACACGGGCUCUGGUUACCACCACACGGGCUCCGGUUACCACCUCGCGGGCUCCGGUUACCACCACACAGGUUCCAGUUACCACCACACGGGCUCCGGUUACCACCACACGGGCUCCGGUUACCACCUUGCGAGCUCCAGUUAUCACCACACGGGCUCCGGUUACCACCUCGCGAGCUCCGGUUAUCACCACACGGGCUCCGGUUACCACCUUGCGAGCUCCGGUUAUCACCACACGGGUUCCGGUAGCCACCACACGGGCUCCAGUAGCCACCUUGCCGACUCCAACAGACCUCACAGAGAGAGUUCUCUUUUGCAGUGGGAAACCUAACGGAUACUAUGAAGACGUUGAGGACAUCACCAGUUACUACUACUGUUGGUUCGGAGAGACGAAACACAUCAAGUGUGCACCAAACCUAGUCUUCAGCAUCCAGGUAGUUGCAUGCAUAAUUCUGAUCCCCACCCCCCGGCCAACACACACAGACACAGAGAGGACAACAAGUAGGCCACCAACAACUCCGGCUUCAACAGAGACUGUUGUGACAACAACAACACAGGAGAUUCCCACAACAAGGAAACCUACAACAACAACACAGGAGGUUCCCACAACAAGGAAAAUGACAACAACAACUCAGGAAAUUCCCACAACAAGGAAAACUACUACAACACAGGAGAUUCCCACAACAAGGGAAAUUCCUACAACAACAACUCAAGUUCCCACAACAAGGAAAACUACAACAACAACACAGGAGGUUCCCACAACAAGGGAAAUUCCUACAACUCAGGAGAUUCCCACAACAAGGAAAAUGACAACAACAACUCAGAAGGUUCCCACAACAAGGGAAACUACUACAACAACAACACAGGAGAUUCCCACAACAAGGGAAAUUCCUACAACAGCAACUCAAGUGGUUCCCACAACAAGGAAAACUACAACAACUCAGAAGAUUCCCACAACAGAAAUUCCUACAACAACAACACAGGAGGUUCCCACAACAAGGAAAACUACAACAACAACAACAACAACACAGGAGAUUCCCACAACAAGGGAAAUUCCUACAACAACAACACAGGAGAUUCCCACAACAAGGAAACCUACAACAACAACAACAACACAGGAGAUUCCCACAACAAGGGAAAUUCCUACAAAAACAACACAGGAGAUUCCCACAACAAGGGAAAUUCCUACAACAGCAACUCAAGAGGUUCCCACAACAAGGAAAACUACAACAACAACUCAGGAGAUUCCCACAACGGAAAUUCCUACAACACAGGAGGUUCCCACAACAAGGAAAACUACAACAACAACAACACAGGAAAUUCCCACAAGGAAACCUACAACAACAACAACAACAACAACAACACAGGAGAUUCCCACAACAAGGAAAACUACAACCACAACACGGGAGAUUCCCACGACAAGGAAAACUACAACAACAACACUGGGAAAGCCUGCAACAACACAGGAACCCCCUGCGGCGACAGGUGAGAGCAGUACGCCAGCAGUGGAGGAUACUUCACAGGUCACAACAACCUCCGCAGAGCCCAGCGCCUGGGAUCCCAAUUUCUGCCUUGAGAAAGACACUGGUAUUUUUCCAGAUCCUCUGGACAGGUCUAGCUUUUACCAGUGUUUUUUGGGACAAACAUUCCACUUGCCGUGUCCUGAGAGCUUGGUUUUCAAUCCGAAAACAGGAAUAUGUGAUUGGCCAGAGGAUAUUCCAGAAGAUACAUUUAAUUCAACGUUUUGCAAAGAGAAAGUUGAUAGGAACUACGCUGACCCACUGAAUGCCUCCAUGUUCUACCAGUGUGUGGCAGGGAAAGCUCACCAUGUGGCAUGCCAGGCAAGUUUGGUUUAUGACCCAAUGGCGAAUGCUUGUGUCUGGCCGUACAGCACCCCAACAACGGCGCUGCCUCAGAUAUCGACAACUGUGCCAGGGACCACCACCAGGAGGCCCAACAUCUGCUGUGGGAGAGAAGACGGGAUAUAUCCAGACCCAAAGGAUGAGUCAGGUUUCUUUCAGUGUGCGGCAGAAAUAACGUUCUACAUGUCAUGCCCGGGUGGAUUGGUUUUCAACACAACCCUGAAUCUGUGUCAACGUCCAUCAGGUGGCUAAAAAUAGCAGGAGGGAACAUAUUAACUCUCCGGGACAGGGUCCUGCACUGUGACUAGUCUUCUGCAGUUGGAAAUUUGACAGCCACAUCCAAAUCCAACCUCCUUCUUCUUCUGCAGCUUGUUAGGGAUAUUGCUGAUAUCAUAGAGUGUUCCACCCUGCUGCAUGUCUCUUCAGCGAUGAAGGAAGUCCCUUUGGCAAUAGAUUUUAUGGAACUCUCUGGCGUUGUGAUUAUACAGAUCAUUCUGCUUCUAACUGGGUCUGAAUUUCGGGUGUCUCGAUGUAUUGGGUCUGAAAUGUGGAUCUAAAUCUCAACAAAUCCUUAGAGAGUGUCUAACCGGAUGGAUAAUUAUCCAACCCUUUGAGGUUGCCGCUGUAAACGGCACUUCUGUUGAUAAGCCUUCCGUUUGGGGAAAUUUUCUUGUACUUCCAACUGCCUUGUGCUGUGCAACACACUGGGGGAACUGUAAUCAGCCACAGUAAAUGAAGGUGUGUCUCUCUUUGAUUAGAAACCAAUUAAUCUGCUAAUUAUAUUCAAAUAAAAGAUCAUUUAUUGAACAGUG